AAGAUCUUUGUGUCCUGGUUGGGAUGCAAUUAAUGCUGCAGAGAUUCAGCAAACUAAGUUAACUACAGAAUUUUUAAUCCAUUUAUUAGGAGCACCAUGUAACUACCAGAGAGCAGUUGCUACAAAAUAUCAUAUUGGAUCUUUAAAUUUUCUUUCAUUGCUAACACCUAAUGAUUGUGCUUAUUUUGCAUUUAUUGCACGUAUAUCAUUACAUUCUCAAACAAAUUAUAGUCAAUAUAAAAAUUAUAACUAUACUAAGAUUUUGUAUAAAAAAUUAUAUGAAUUAGAGACAGCUAAUGCUGAAGAUAAUUAUAAAAAUAGUGGUUCACAACUCCAAGCUUCUCUUAAGAAAUUAGCUAAAUGGUAUAAUGCAGCAAAAGCUAAGUCUAUCCCAGUAUUAACUUCUUUUCUUCAUAAUAUAAGGCCUAAUAAUGAUCUACUUGCAUGUGUAAAAAGUGAAGCAAAAAUUUGUGUCCAAAUUGAUUCAGUAAAGCAUAUAAAACAUGAGCUAGAUAUAAAAAAUUUUAAAGAAAAUAAUAACCCACAUAUUAUACCAGCAUAUAAGGUUCAGACAAUUAGCAAAAGAAGCAUAUUAUUAGUCAAAAUAUAA